UUCAAGAUAAAUAUGAAGUAGCUAAAACUGGUAAAAAUAAUGGACCUGUAGCAAAAGCUACACAAUCAAUAAAACUGUAUGAUAAAAAAAGAGCACCUAAAAAACAACUAACAAAUAAAAAGAAGCAUAAUAAAUCUAUUGUUAAUGAAGAAGAAGAUUUAUUAACACUAUUAAAAUAG